CACAAGCCCAACACCGACCCGCACGGCACAUCCCCUCGCUCACCUGACCUCAACCCCCCGUUUCUCCCAUUCCCCUCCCUCGCGCCGACCACUCCCCCAUCCCCUCCUCCCCAACGCAGCAGCCGCCGCCGCUCCACCUGCUGCGUGGCCGGACCGAUCCGUCGCCCGGCUAGGGUUUCGCCCGCCCGCUCCCCGCGUUUCCAUCGAUUCGGCUCGAUUUCGCGCUGAGGGGCCGUGCCCCGGCACGCCGCCGGCUGCUGCUACUGCUGCUGCGGGUUUCUGCGGCCAGCCGCCCUCGUGUUGGGAGCUAGGGUAUCGGCUCCCCGCAUUGGUUGGCGCGCGCAUGGCGAUGGUGCCCAACGGGCUCCUGCCCAAUGCGUCGGCGGGGGUGACGAGGCGGCUCGACCCUGAGCGGUGGGCCGUCGCGGAGUCCCGGACCGCCGAGCUCAUCGCGCGCAUCCAGCCCAACGCCCACUCCGAGGGGCGGAGGCUUGCCGUCUACAACUACGUGCGGCGCCUCAUCAUGAACUGCCUCUCCUGUGAGGUUUUUACUUUUGGGUCAGUGCCUCUGAAGACAUAUUUACCAGAUGGUGACAUUGAUGUCACUGCUUUCAGUAAUAGUGAGGAAUUAAAGGAUACCUGGGCAAAUCUUGUUCGGGAUGCUUUGGAGCAUGAAGAGAAAAGUGAAAAUGCUGAAUUUUGCGUAAAAGAAGUUCAGUAUAUUCAGGCAGAGGUAAAGAUUAUCAAGUGUCUUGUGGACAACAUUGUUGUGGAUAUCUCAUUUAAUCAAGUUGGUGGAUUGUGCACACUUUGUUUCCUUGAGGAGGUUGACAAUUUGAUCAAUCACAGCCAUUUAUUCAAGCGGAGUAUCAUAUUAGUAAAGGCAUGGUGUUUCUACGAGAGUCGUAUUCUUGGAGCUCACCAUGGUCUUAUAUCUACUUACGCAUUGGAGACCCUGGUUCUGUACAUUUUUCACGUGUUCAACAACAGUUUUACUGGACCACUUGAGGUAUUAUACCGUUUCUUAGAAUUCUUUGGCAACUUUGAUUGGGAGAAAUUUUGUUUGAGCUUGUGGGGCCCAGUACCUAUAAGUUCACUUCCAGACAUGACUGCGGAACCCCCACGGAUGGACACUGGGGAAUUGUUGUUGGGCAAGCCCUUUCUGGAUAAUUGCAAUCAAGCCUAUGGAGUUAUGCCUCGCACCCAGGAGACCCAGGGUCAACCAUUUGUUUCAAAACACUUCAAUGUUAUUGAUCCGUUGCGAACAAACAAUAACCUUGGAAGAAGCGUUGGUAAAGGUAAUUACUUCAGAAUACGCAGUGCCUUCUGUUUUGGCGCGAAAAAGCUGGCAAAGUUACUCGAAUGUCCAAAAGAAGAUAUAAUUACUGAAGUGAAUCAGUUCUUUACAAAUACAUUAACAAGACAUGGGAGUGGGAAUCGUCCUGAUGCACCUACACCAAAUUUGGUUCCUGAGCAUACUCUGAAGGUUGCCCCUGCUGAAGCAUCAAGCAGCCACAGAAGUGCAAUGAUGCCCAAGAAUAAGGUUGUAAAGUCUAAACUUCGUGCUAAUCAGGAUACUCUCCCUGAAGGUUCUCAUGGCUAUCCUGAACCUAUUUCUCAACCACCUCAGAGAAGUGAUCUACACUCUCGAAAUUCACCAAAUAUAGUUAAUCCUGGUGUUGCUCAACAACUCCAAGUUUAUGCGACACAACCCAAUGCCAAGGUCUCUGAACAGCUUGAAAGAAACAGGUCUGGUGGAUCAAUGCAAAGUGAAAGGGAUAGGAGAAUGCCAAAUGUUCUCUUUGUUAAUGGCAGAAAUGGGCAAAACAGGUCACCGUUUGCGAGAACCCGGUCUAGUCCUGAACUGACAGACCAUUCUGUUGAAGGAUAUUCUCGUGGAAGGCGAACUAGAGUGGUUGAAACGGAAAAGUCUGUGAAGAAUGAUUGCAAUAGCAGAAUUCCAGAAUUGUCUAGCAACCACAGCACAAAGUCUUCGCAGGAUGAGUCAAUGCCUUCCAUGAACAGUUCAUCUCACCCAAGUGCAAAAGCAGCUUCUGACUCAAAUAGUGUUUCGAGCAGCUAUCAUGAAGACAACGGUUUCAUGGUUAACGAAGAACUUCCUUCUGUUUCUGAGGCUUUGGAGAUGCAGCAUGAGGAACAUGCACUAGUUAAUCUAAUGGCAUCAGCGAAGUUGCAUGGCUUCAAUGGACAGGUUCAAUUGCCAAUGCAGCAAAUACCCUCGCAUAUGUCUGUAGCACCUUUGCCUUUACUGCCUCCAGCAGCAUUUCCUCAAAAACAUUUUGCCGGAAUUCCACCAGGGAGUCCAUGGUUGAACCACAUGCAGUUCCUCCAAGGAUUUGCUCCACCACCUAUGAUCCAUUAUACUCACAACCCUACUUUCGCACAAAACAAUGAUGAUGGCAAUGAUUGUGAAAAGGCUGUCACACCAGAUUUAAAUCUUGAUGACGGCAACAAUCAGUAUGAGUAUAUUGUUCAAUUGUCUAGAAAUUUUAACAAUGAAGGAAGGGAUACACGUGUGCAUCAUUUUGAUGGCAGGAACCGUUCCUCUUCACCUAAUGGUGUAUCUCGUGCCCCCUUAGAAAGGCAGGCAGAAUAUACUAUUGAGCAUAGUGGAGCAGUAGAAGAAAAUUAUGCCAUCAUGUUUCAAAACCAAGUAAGUAGAGAUGUCAGUUUAAAUGUCCCCAGGAGUAGUGGAAAUGUGAGAACUACUUCACAACCCAGUUCCUCCAAAAGCAAAGUUCCGCCAGAGAGUUCAUCGGAUGAAAUAACUGGACAAGCAUCGAGGGAUAAAUGGGGGAAAAGGCCUACCUGUGCAGCACCUGUCACAACCACACUUAGCAUAAGUAAGACUGGUUGGCAGUCAGGAAAUAGUACUGAGCAUAUGCCAACAGAAGUUGAUGAAGUCACCAGGAAUGGUGUUGUAAUACCAACCAUUAGGAAUGAAGGCUCUGACAUAAUAGCAGGGUCUAUCUCAUCAGAAACAUCAAGAACUAGUCAAGUACCAAAUGAUUUUAACUUGUCACGGAUUGGCAUGCAUAAUCCAAUGUUUGCACAUAUCCUUAUUGGUUCCCCUCAGCAGAGGAAAGCUGAUAACUCUGGACUGAUCUUUGUCCCAACAGGUCCACCGGUUCCUUUUGUCCUCCCAAAUUUUCCUGGCAAUAGUGAUCGCUCUGUGCCACAGUUUGAGGGCAAUGAAGGAAUUGAUCAGUUUCAAAAUUUUGGUUCACUCAAUGAUGUUCACCAACCUGAUACCAGUGCCACCUCAACAGCAUCAUCCAGGAGUGUAGCUGAUCCAUCUGUGGAGCACAAGCCUGACAUCUUGAACAGUGAUUUUGUUAGCCAUUGGCAGAAUUUACAAUAUGGACGACUAUGCCAAGAUGCACGCCCCCUGGCUCCUGUAUUAUACCCUUUUGCGGUUCCUCCAGCAUACUUGCAGGGCCAUGCUCCAUGGGAUGGGCCUGGAAGACCAGCUUCACCAAAUGUUAACUGGACACCAAUGGUGGGUCCUGGUCAACGAGUUUUUCCUGUGAUGCCAAUACAGCCUGCUUCAGAAAGAGCAACUGGCAUUACUCAGCACUAUGGGGAGCAUGCACCCAGAUACCGUGGUGGGACAGGAACUUACUUGCCAAAUCCUAAGGUUCCGUUUAGGGACCGAGAGCGGCACUCAAGUUCAAGAUACUACAGAGGAAGUUAUAAUAGUGACAGGGGUGACAGUAGUGACAAGGAAGGAAGUUGGGCAAACUCAAGACAACGAAAUCCUGGCCGUACCUAUGGACGCAGCCAAUCAGAGAGGUCGGGCCUGAGGUCUGAUAGGCAGACGGCAGAUGAAAGUCAAUUUGAGAGGCAGCGGCGAUCGCAUAGAAAUGACUCUCACAGGCAUGAGGCUGGGGCUCAAUAUCUUGUACAGGGCCAAUCUUUUGGAUCCACCAACUCCAAUCGCAGACCAGGGAACAUGGCACAUGGUGUUUAUUCAUCACCAUAUAUAGCUCCAAAUGGUGUUGGUGCUUCAGAUCAACCGUAUUUCAUGGUGUACCCAUACGAACCAGGUGCAAAUCAUGUUUCUUCCUCUGAACCACUUGAAUUUGGCUCACUGGGGCCUAUCCAUAUGGCUGAUGGUGGUGAUCUACCACAGCCCACUCGUCAAGUAAUGGCUAAUGGCUAUUAUGGGCAAAGGCAUACUGCAUUUAGGGUUAGUUCCUCUCAUUCAUCUCCUGAUCGACCGUCCUCACCCCAACCUCGCAGGUAGUUGAAGUCGUAACACAACGGCUUGGUUCUGACACUGAAGCCAUGCGCAUCCUUGAGUUAUAUUUAGCUCUGAUGUUUGUGAUUAUAUCCUACAUGGGCGCAUAUUGUUGGACCAUCUGGUGCCUAGGGCGUGGAUCUGCUUUUAGCUGGUAUAAGCAGCUGGUGUUCAAAUACCUAGAGUUAGGUCAUCAUUUACCUCUGUCCAAAGAACACAUCGGUCAUCAGCAGGUUAUCAUUUAUUGGUAAGCAGCUGAUGCUUUGAGAUGCCACACCAAUAUUCAAUUCCAUUAAGAGACAAAUCGGCCAUUGCAUUUGUUUUACUGGCCAUUAUCAUUGUGCUUAAAAUCAAACAAGCAUCACCUGAAUAAACCAUUGAACCAGCAAGACCAGAAGAUCUCCAUGAAGAAUUAGCCCAAAGGAUAUAUCAUCACUUGAUCAGGGGUUAACUGAGAAUGCCGGCCCUCGUAUUGCAUGUGCGCAUCAAAUAUGACAGAUAUUGGAUUGAAUGGAGGAGUGCUGGCUUCUCCAGCUCGAUAUGAAAGACGAGACUGGAAAAUUAUCGGACUCUACUAUUGCCUGGACAGUAGACCUGUGCAGCUAAAAGCUAUGUCAGUAGGUAGAAGUAAGAUCUUGUAAUCAUUUUUUUCACAUACAAAGAACUUUUCACAUGUAUUUGAAUUUAGUAGAACUGUCAGACAGCAAAUCUUGCAGUUCAGUUUCUAGCAUGGAGGAAUAUAAUCGUCUGAAUUACUCUCUGGUAACAAGUAAAGAUUAAUCAGUAGCUUCAUCCCUA